GGCAUAAUUGAGGGACUAGCUGUCCGUGUUAUCUAUCCUCUUUUGUCUGAAUUUCGGAGUGAAAGUAGAGAGAGAGAGAGAGAUGACAUUGAAGAAGAUGAUGGAGGUACCCUACGCAGCUACCGUACGUGUGAUGCUAGCUUCCCUCGAACGUAACUUACUUCCCGAUGCUGUCAUUCGACAACUCACUCGUCUUCUCUUAUCCUCUCGUUUGCGACUCGGUUACGCUCCCUCUGCUCAUCUUCAACUCGCUCAACUCCUUCACUUCGCUCACUCUCUUAGAGACUUGCCCAUAGCCAUCAAGACUGAGGACCCCAAAGUUCAACACUAUGAACUGCCAACCUCUUUCUUCAAGCUUGUUCUGGGGGAGAAUCUCAAAUACAGUUGUUGCUACUUCAAUGAUACAUCAAGCACCUUGGACGAUGCUGAGAAAGCAAUGUUGGAAACAUACUGUGAAAGAUCAGGACUCGAAGAUGGUCACACUGUUCUCGAUGUUGGAUGUGGCUGGGGAUCCUUAUCUAUUUUCAUAGCAAAGAAAUAUAGCAACUGCAAAAUUACUGGUAUCUGCAAUUCAAAUACCCAAAAGGCGUUCAUCGAGGAACGCUGCCGGGAUCUCGAUCUCCACAACGUGGAGAUCAUUGUUGCAGAUAUUAGCACGUAUGAUAUGGAAGCAUCCUAUGACCGCAUAUUUUCUAUUGAGAUGUUUGAGCAUAUGAAAAACUACAAGGAACUUCUGAAGAAGAUAUCACGGUGGAUGAAACCUGACAGUCUUCUAUUUGUCCAUCAUUUCUGCCAUAAAACAUUUGCUUACCACUUCGAGGACAUAGAUGAAGAUGACUGGAUCACUAGGUACUUCUUUUCUGGUGGUACUAUGCCUUCAGCAAAUCUGCUCCUAUAUUUUCAGGAUGAUGUUUCAGUUGUCAACCAUUGGCUCGUCAAUGGGAAACAUUAUGCACAAACAAGUGAAGAAUGGCUUAAAAGAAUGGACAAGAACAUGGGUUCUGUAAGGCCAAUAAUGGAAUCUACAUAUGGUAAAGAUUCAGCUGUUAAGUGGACUGUCUACUGGAGGACAUUUUUCAUUGCAGUUGCAGAAUUGUUUGGAUACAGUAACGGAGAAGAAUGGAUGGUUGCACAUUUUUUGUUUAAGAGAAAAUGAAGUAUGUUGAUCUAUUCAGAACCUACCCUACUGAACUUGUGAAGAACAGUAGGAUUUAAUCGAUGCAGUACUGACUAUGUUGCCAUCCUCAUUCUAUCAAACCAUUAACAAUUAUAAAUUUUAUAAUUAAGUAGACAAUAAUUGAAGUUAAA